UUGAAGAAAAUAUUAAAAUUCGAUUUGAUCUUGACUUCUAUAUUGAUUGUCUCAUUAGUCAUCAGAAACAACAACUUGAUCUGAAUCCAAACUAAAAAAUAUUUUCAGAAAAAAUGAGCUCAUUGAUCAAAAUGUUUAACAGAAUACUGCAGGCUUUUAGUAACAGAGAUAACCCAGGAACUAUGUCUGACACCAAGGAAAUGAUAGAUAACCUUCUUCAGGAGAAAAAAGUUGUUGUCAUAUCUAAAUCAUAUUGUCCCUACUGUACUAAAGCUAAGGCUGCCUUGUCCAAGUACGCCAUCAACCCCGAGGACAUUGAGAUCCUUGAGAUAGAGAAUAGACCGGAAAUGGACGAGAUACAGAGAUAUAUGAAGAAACUGACCGGCCAAUCCUCAGUGCCCCGUGUAUUUAUUGGUGGGAAAUGUAUCGGCGGAGGUGAUGACGUCAUGGCGCUCCAUCAGAGUAAACAGCUGGAAACUAUGCUCAAGAAUGUUGCAGCUCUCAACUGAUUUUAAAUAAUUAAUCUUGGAUUCACACUUCACAUCAAAUCAAAAUGAAGAAAACGAACCUUUGGUUUCCGUCGUACAUAAAAAUUGUAAAUUUCUUCAGGAAAUUCCUGUUCUUUGAUCUGAAAAAUGUUUGGUGCCCGGAAAAUCUUAGGUUCCUUUUCCCUAUGUUUUCCCCUAGCUCAGUUAAGAGUGUAGCUUAAAUGUUGGUGUUUUCAGAUAGAUUUGCAUAUAUGUAAAACAUAUGAGUCACGUGUUUCCAUUUUUUAAACACUCACUGUUGAUGAAAAUUCAUAUUACCAUUCUUAAUAACAUAAUUUAUGUUAUAAAAAACGCGGUUUAUUUGAGUUUUAAUAUCUUAUUUUUUUCUUAGCAGAAUUUCAAAUUGUUUUGAUGUAUUUAACGACUUCAUGAGGAUAAGACUCCUAAUUGUAGUUUACAGCAAUAUUUAUUCUUCAAAAUCACAAGGUUUCCGUAAACUAAGAAAAGUUUUCUCUGAAAGAACGAUAUUUAUGUCAGAAUUCCCCAAUUUUGUCAAUAAUCAUGUAUUUUCAAAACUUGAGUAAAGAAAGUCAAAGUGUCGAAGAAUAUUCUAGAAAGUUUGCUGGAGAACUUUAACCUAAACCUUAACCUUGACAGAUUAGAUCUGUUUUCAAACUGUAACGUUUAAUUCUUAUCAAGAAAUGAAAUCAGCCAAAAGUGAUGUUCACAAAAAUUUAUUUUUUUUCAUUUCUCUUCAAAUUUUUCGUCAUAAACUUACCGGCAAACACUUGGUACAAGUCAAAUAAUGUUUUUUAACAAAAAUAUUAUUUGAAUUUAAGUACAAUUUUAUGUAAUUCUUAAUCUCAAAAGUAAUCUUAACUUCAUUUGGCAUCAUAAUCAUAACAAUUCAAUCUUUUUUAAUGGAGCAAACUUUGCGAUUGCUUUUACACGGUGUUGAAAAAAACAGUUCACAAUUUUUUUCACUCUCUACAGAGGCUUAAAUAUAAUUCGAUCAUAAUGAAAUUAAUAUUACAGUGUCUCUGGUAUGUUAGGACUGCAUGGUUAAAAAAUGAAUGAAUAAAUGCUAUUUAUCUCUUAGGGUUGAAACUGAUCGGCCUACCCGGGUGGGAUUUCCUAUUUUACCAAACUGUACGGGCAGCCGUAGUACAUUUGAAUUUCCGAGCCGGGUCAAUCUUUCCGGUCCCAGAUUGUACUGUAUUGCCAUGACAUCGGAUACAUGAAGCAGACACUCAAAGGACUAGCCGGUGCAACAAGGUUGACGCGGUCAGACUUUAGGUUGAAUUUACUUUUAAUAAAGUGUCAGAAGCACGUUACUGGUUAAGUUGAUGGAGACUUUCACAUUUCGGUCUUGGUAACCUUCUUUUAACCAUAGUCCAAACACUAAAUUACAGGCCGGACAGUUCAUCUUAAAACUUCAUGAACAUUGUCCGGUGUAAACCAAACUUUGAUUGGAACUAUUAAUGACAUCAUAACCGGCUGGCUGUCGAGGCUGGUCACAGGUUCGUCCUGCCAGCAAUCUGAACUCUCAAUGACCAGGAAAAGCAAUAAAAUAUGGUCACAUAAGCUUAUUGUAAUGUCUUUGUCAGCUGUUCUCCUUGUUGAAGGUAAAGGGAAGGAAUUGGCUCCGUAGUUGCCUGGAAAUAGUGGGUUACACAGUAUACUCCAAAUUGGGUUUGGGUCAUAUCAGCUCCACCCUGAACUUGUAAUCUGUUAAUUAACAAAGCGUUCAUAGAGUUUUAGGGUUUUAUUGAACACCUUUAAACAGAUUCUGUUAAUUUUUAAGCCUGUUCUUGACCUCCAUUAGCUUUGUGAAUGUUUUUUGCAGGAAGGCUGAUUUGUCCCCAAGAGAUAUAGAGCAUUCAGAGCAGGGUUGAUAAAAUCCUCUGAUUUUUUAACUAAGUAUUCCUGAAAUCCUAGAGACAUUGUGAAAUUGUUUUAAUACGAUGUGGUAAUAAUUAAGAUAACAUUUUUUACAUAUAAAAUUCAAUAAAACUGUGAUUUAAGAGUUUAGCACUCUGCACUUAUUGAGUGAAAUUCUAAGACUUUUUUUUAUUAAAAUGCUCGAUCUAUAAUUUCA